UUAUUUUAUGGCUGAAAUAGCUUAAGGGAAAUUAUAGAUUUCCUGCAGAUGUUAUAUAUAUUUUUAGGUUCUCUUCUUCCUGUGUAGUCUGUGUCCUCCAAGUAGCUUUCUCCAGUUUGUUUGACAUCUAUCUUUGUAGUAGAGGUCCUCUUUAAGUGUCCUGUGAUUCCAACUUUCCAGUGGAACUUUGGAAAUUCUGUGUAUCUGGGUGGAUUGCUUACUGUGGGCUUUGGCUUGGGUGAUCUGACUGGGGAAUGCCUGAUACCAGUAUUUUUAGGUCUGAUCGAUUCCAGAGAAAAAGUAUAUUCCUCCCUGUUUGUUCUGGGGUCUGGGUUAGGGUCCCAGCAUUCAAUAUGAAGAUGUUCAUUUAAACUUCUUGUUUCCAGUACGGUACCAUUGCCUUCAGCUGUGCUUUGUCACCCAGUUAAGAGGCCUAUUUCUAAUUCUUUCCUAAAAGUUUGCAAUUUUCUGAUGGGUUGUAUAGGGACAGUCAUUUGGCUGUGUACAAUGGAGGAGAGGAUCUGACAACUGCUUCACAAACAGAUUUUCAAGUUAUCAUCCUAUUUUUAGAACCACCUUUACUCAUAUAUCCAGAGGUGCCGACCUUUACAGUUUCAGCCAUCAAAAUCCCACAAGAAAGUUUUGAAAAAAAUGUUGAAAUUUCUGGCUAAAGGGGAGAUUUCCAGAGGAAAUUGUGAGGAUGAGCCCAUGGAUUCCACAAUGGAAGAUGCUGUUGUGGGUGACUUUGCAUUAAUAAAUAAAUUGGAUAUACAGUGUGACCUUAAAACACUAAGUGAUGACCUCAAAAGGAGCUUAGAGAGUGAAGAGAAGAAGAUAGGAAAAAACUCAAAGAAAGAAGAUUCUAAGGAAUUAACUCAGUCACAAGCUAUAGAAGAGAAGCUGGGCUCUGGUGAACCAUCACAUUCGGUUAAAAUUCAUACAAUUCCUAAGCCAGGCAAAGGGGCUGAUUUGAGUAAGCCUCCAUGUCGAAAAGCAAAGGAAAUCCGGAAAGAAAGGAAAAGGUUAAAACUCAUGCAGCAAAACCCAGCUGGAGAGCUUGAGGGUUUCCAGGCUCAAGGCAAAGCACCAUCUUUGUUCCCACCAAAGGCUAAAUCCAAUCAGCCUAAAUCGCUUGAAGAUUUAAUUUUUGAAUCUUUACCAGAGGAUGCAUCACACAAGUUAGAGGUGAGGGUGGUGAGAUCAUCUCCACCAAGUUCUCAGUUCAAAGCUACAUUUCAGGAGUCUUACCAGAUCUAUAAACGCUACCAGAUGGUUAUUCACAAGGACCCACCUGAUAAACCAACAGUGAGCCAGGUGAGGUUAGUACCUGUCUCUUUUGAGGACCCAGAGUUCAAGUCGUCCUUCAGCCAGUCAUUUUCUUUAUAUGUCAAGUAUCAAAUGGCCAUACACCAGGAUCCACCUGAUGAAUGUGGGAAGACUGAGUUCACAAGAUUCCUUUGCAGCUCACCUUUGGAGGUUGAGACUCUGCCUAAUGGGCCAGAUUGUGGUUACGGCUCCUUUCACCAGCAGUACUGGCUCGAUGGAAAGAUCAUUGCUGUGGGGGUGAUUGAUAUCCUUCCGUACUGCGUGUCGUCCGUGUAUCUGUAUUACGAUCCUGAUUAUUCACAUCUGUCUUUGGGUGUCUACUCUGCACUACGAGAAAUUGCUUUUACUAGGCAACUUCAUGAGAAAACAUCUCAACUCAGCUACUAUUAUAUGGGUUUCUACAUUCAUUCAUGUCCCAAAAUGAAAUAUAAGGGUCAGUAUAGACCUUCUGAUUUGUUGUGUCCUGAGACGUAUGUUUGGGUACCCAUUGAGCAGUGUCUGCCUUCACUUGAAAACUCCAAGUACUGCCGCUUCAACCAGGACCCAGAAGCAGUGGAUGAAGGCCGCAGUAAGGAGCCUGACCGACUGCAGGUCUUUCACAAGAAAGCCAUUCUGCCUUACGGUGUUUACAAGAAGCAGCAGAAGGAGCGCAGCGAGGAGGCGGCGGUGCUGCAGUACGCGAGCCUGGUGGGGCAGGCGUGCGCCGAGAGGAUGCUGCUGUUCCGGAGCUGAGGGCCGACCCCGUCCGGAGGCUCCCGGUGGCGCCUGGGGUCGGGCCUCCUGCACGUUCGCGGUCCCCGGGCAUCCAAAAAUCAGACUUUGUAAUUUUGACAGUUAUACUGCUCUUCUAAAAUAUUUUGUGGCAGUGUGUUUGUGAGAUGCUAUCAUUAAUAUAAAGAUUUUUAAGAUGUGUUAUGACCUAGCCUUAUGAUUGGGGUUUAUGAUUUGGGGGGUUUGUUUUUGAAUAAGAUAUGCUAAACUUACCUUAUUGUUAAUAUUUUAGAAAGUAAAAUUCGGUGAAUUUAAAUCACAAUUGUGGUUUUUUUUCUGUUAGAGAAAUUAGAAUGCCCUGUUUCCUCAGACCCAUUUAAAGCAUUAGUUUAUGUUAGAAAAACUUAAGAAUAGAAAGGAAGGUUGAAAGUCUGUUUCUUCACUUAGAAUGUCUAGUGAAGAGAACAAAACUGUUUUAUUACUCAGUGUUCAACAUUAAAUUACUGCCUAAUAUUAUGUUAUGUAGUUUAAUAGAGAACUUGAAGAAAGCAAAUACAAACAUUAAGGGAAAAAAAGUAUUUUGUGUUAUCAGAUGUCUGUCUCCCCAGAACAAUCCCAGUUUAAUGUUGCCUUGGUAUGAUUUUUUCCCUGGAAUAAUUGUUAACAGUGCUCCCUUUUACUCUCAUGAGUAUCACAGUUUGGACAGUAAAAUAUAUGGCUUUCCUAGUUAUGCAUUACAUUAUUUGCUAUAUUUCUAAAAAUCUAAAAAGUUGAUUUUUUAAAAAAAAUAUUACCUCCUGCCUUGAUCUGUACUCCAUCAAUAGUAAAUAUGAGCUAAUUUUUCAUUCCUUAGAACUCAGGAGACCUGUCUUUGGUUAUUUAUCAAAAUUACGCAAUAUCUGACUGUUUUCAUAGCCAUGCCAAGAAUCCCAUGUAAUAAAGAGGAAUCUUUUUGAGCUCUGAGUUCUAGGGAAAGAGGUGAAACAAUCCAUUUCUUGCCCUUUGAUUUGGGAGUCAGAGAGGAGAUGCUGCUCUUAGUAAUUGGGAGCAGACACCAGCCCCUUCUCUCCCUCUCCCUUUCUGUUGUUUGUUCCUCUGCCCAUUCAGCAAGUGUCCCUGGUCCACCUUUGUCAAGGUGGCAGGCACUGUGCCGGGCCCUCAGGAGACCACACUCCAGGAAAAGCAGACGUAUCACUAACAGUUAGAGAGGUGCGUGCAGAAAUUGAGUUGUGUUGUAGACUGUGGCGAACAGAGGAGCAUUAUUUUCUUGUGCUCUUUUUUUCAGCUGAUUGCCAGCUUCUGCUGCCAGCUUCUUGGCCACUGAGCCCUUUUCAGUCUCCAUUUUGUCCCUUUUUCUAUUGAUCUUUUUAAAAGCCUUAUUAUGAAAUUUAGCAGUUUCAUUUCCACCACUGCAAUCAGUUAAAUAUGUGAUUUUAAGCUUUUCUCCAAAAUGCUCUGAAUUUAGAUCCAACAUUAGAAAAUAAUCCUCAGCUUGCUAGAAUGUAGGGAUCAUAAUAUGAUGGUUUUUAAAAAUCAAAUGUCUAGACACAUUCAACAUCCAAAUAAACUAGUAUUUAUUCACUCAGAGAGAGUGUGUGUGUAACAACUGCCCUGUGCUAGCUGGAGAUGGAGUCAGUAAGUAAGAACACUCAAUUUGAUCAUAUGGACUUACAUUCUUCUGGAAAUUUGUCCUCCAAAAUAGUCUUCCAAGAGCAUUUGAGAAAUUGCCCUCAGACUCUAGAGAACAUUCUCUCUUUUUUAAAAAAAAUUCCCUCUAAAAUGAAGAUAGCUUAAUCUUUUUAUGAUUAUAAAAAUGAUACUGUACAUGUACACCUAGAACCAUACACAACACGUACACAUUAUGCCUGUUUACAGACAUGUACAGCCAACACACUACUGUUUCAUAUACACACAAAACCUCUACACAGUCUCUCUCACCCUUUUAAGUAAAGAGUUAUCUCACCCACCACACUGUCGUGAACCUGCACACAAUCUCCCAGCUCUAGAGUAUACACAGACCAGUGUAUGCUACAGAGACACAAAGAAAUAUCUCCAGUCUACCAUAGAUGAGUACACAGGAAAUCUCUGCCAAGUCCCAAAUCAUACACUGAUGAACUCUCACAACUCCAAAUACUCCUACAUCAUCAUAUCACAUGCUUCCAUUACAUGGAGAUACAAUUAUCCCACAUCAUUGUAUAAACACACAACCCAAACUUCCAUCAGAUACACAAAUACCCGACUCCCAAAAUGCAUGCUAACGAUUUCCUGCCACAGAAUCCAAAUACACACUCCUAGAAAAUGUGCACAAAAACUUCCAUGCACCCUGAAUACACACAUCAGUGAAAUUCAAACUCAAUUUGCACCUGCCUCAAAUAUACUCCAUUACACAACACACUAAAUGUAUGCAAAUAUAUCCACCGAUAUAUAUCCAUCCCCACAUCAGUUACCUGUACGCAUAUAAAGUCACACACGCCCCAUGCCACAGAACCCUUCAAUCUGAACAUAUAGGAAAAAGAAGAAAUACUAUAAACAAUCCAAACAACAAUAAAUUAAAAAUAAUCUGAAAUACUAUCACACCCAGAGAGUGAGAGAGAGAGAAUUGCUGUCUCUAAACACAAAUAAUUUUUAAAUAAAGCCCUACGUUCUCUUUGGUUUCUUCAGCAUUCAAGUUACGGACAUAUCUGAAAGAAACUUAACAAGAAGCUUUCAGAAAGUGCAUUGUGUGACCUCAGUACUAUUAAAAUAAGCAGGGUAGGGCCAAUGCUUGAUGCACUUGGCAACUUGGAUGUCCAAGAAAUGGAUGCCAUCAUCUGUAUCACAUCUUACUUUUAUCUUAGAGGUUAGCAUAUGGAAUGGAAUUCAUCGAGAUUGCAACUGAGUAUCAAAGGAAGAGAAAACUUCAGUCUUACGUCUUAGCACAACUCCGUUUGGGGUUCUUUCAGAGGAAAAUGAUUAACCAGGGGGUUAACCCUUGAAGGUGGCGGUACAUCUCCAGGGAAGCUCCAGAGUCAGUUUUGUCCAUGAAGAGUCUUUUACUCAAUUGCUGUAUUCAUGCAUUGUUUUUUUUUUCAGAAUAGAUAAUGUAUUGAUCCAGUGAACAGGGUGUCUUCAAAGGAAGACUGAUUGAAUAUUGAUACUGGGCUGGAGAAGGACAGUCAAGGAAAAUGACUGAACUCUGUCAGUUGAUAAUCUAGCUGAGAGAUUUGAUUUUAUGUAAAUGGCUUUCAUCUAAAGAAAACACAAAACUUUUCAAAAACGAGGUAUGAUAUUUCAAGGCAGGAAACAUUGUAUCUGCAAACUUAAUGUUGUGGUCCAUCCCCUACUGAUUUCAAAUAAAUUCACACCUACCCCCGUGUCUUGGGAGGAAGGAUAUAAUAGAGAUUCCCCAUGCUAAUCAUCAUCAUUUAAAUUAUUUCAGUUCUAUGAGAUCUUCAUUAUCUUACUUUAAAAAUGUAAUCUGAGCACUUUUUUUUUACAUUCUAAAACACAGAGGCUGUUCACAGAUGAAUAUGUUAUUCACUUGAUUAUAAUUGCUUAGAUAAGAAAUUUUUACUUUUGAUGUUUGCUUUCAAAAUGGCCUAUCCUAUUUUUAUCUAUUUUGCAAAGAUCAGUUGUGUGGCUUCUUAACAUAUCAGAAUCUAUUGCGUAAAUGAACUGUUGCGAAUUUCUGAACAUAGAUGGUUUGAUUUUGUAUGCACUGUAUUACUUCAAUAUGAAUAAAGAUGGGAAAGAAUAUGA